AAAAUCACCCCUAUUCAUAAUGUCAUAUUCGAAUUCAUGUCAGAAAAUGUAAGGAAGAAAAGAAAUGCACACCAUAAUAAACUCCGUCAAAGGCCCAUUGUGAAAUGGACUCUGUUGGAUGGAGGCCCAUGUUAUUACUAAUUGCUGGCCCAUCCAAGUUCAUAGACCCAACCAACCAACCCACCCACUUGCUUGCUGAAUCCCCACAGGAAAGCCCAGCGCCAAUCACUCUCGUCGGCCGAUCCCCUCCAUUCUCGGCCGCGCCGCCCGCCUCCCCGCGCCGCUGUCGAUCUCUCCGCCCGCCGCCCCGAUCGGCCGAUCAGGAUGUCCCCGCCGACCACCCGGGCCAUGCGAGCCCGCGCCGCCGCCAGCUCCGACAGGAUCCCCCCGGACGUGCUCUUCGACGUCCUGCUGUGCCUCCCGGCGAGGGAUCUCUGCCGCCUCCGCGCCGUCUGCCGCUCCUGGUGCGACCUCACCGCCGGCGACCCGCUCUUCGUCACGGCGCACGCGGCGCACCAUCCGGGGCCCCUCUUCCUGGCAAAGUUUCGGGACGACAAGGCGAGCAUCUACGUCGUCGAUCUGUCCGGCAGCGUGGUGAAGCGGAUCCCCGGCGCUGGUGGCGGCCCUUCCCACCGGCUCCUCUGCACGCGCCUGAACCUUGCCUGUGUGGCUACUGACUGGAACAGAUGCAGUGUACUGAAUCCGGCUACUGGAGCUGUUCAGGUCCUGCCUGAGAUCCUGGCAGAGGAGCACAUCAAUCGUGUGAAUUUGAGUAAUCCUUACACAUUCUUUGCGCUUGGGCGCGUCGCCGCCACAGGAGAGCACAAGGUGCUCCGGAUGUUCAACCGGCUUGGUUUUUACAACGGUGGCCAGCAGCUCUUUGAGGUGUUUACGGUCAGUGGUGGUGAUGGUGAUGCAAGGUGGAGAGGCCGGCAAGGCCCUGGUCUCUUUAUUGACGAGUGCAGUGGUACUGUCAUUGAUGGGGUCGUGUAUUUCUUGACCAACAAAGUUUAUGAUGGUGCCCGUUGUGGGAUUCGACCGGACUAUAUCGUUUCUUUCGACCUGGGAAAGGAGGAGUGGAGGAGAGAUCUCCGAGGACCGAUAAGUAGCAAUGUUGAACAUGCCAAGGUGGUACUCUACUUGAGGCGUGAUCUUUCUUUGGCUGACCUGAAAGGCUCGCUAGUUCUUGCAGACCAGCGAGACCAACCUUUUACCAUGGACAUAUGGUUUCUAUCGAACUUUCAGAAUGGGCUUUGGGUGAAAGAGUACCACAUCCGGACUGAAUCGAUAAUCUCAAGGUUGGGAGGUGAGUACCAUCUAAAACCAUUGUUGGUGUUGGAUGAUGGGAGGUUGGUUCUUUAUCUAGCAAGUAAAGGACUGCUGUUCAUAUGUGACCCAGGAACCAACACUUUUGCACAAGUGGAUAAGAGAUGCCUUGAUUCAGUUGCUGUGUAUACAGGAAAUCUCUUGAGUUUAGGGGAGGGUGACAUGGUGUAGUAUUGUCAUAGGAUGAUACUCAAAUUAGCUCAUGUCUGAUGCACUUCAUAGGAAUCACUGAAUCACCCUCCUACCUUAUGGAACUGGACUUUGUAUCCAUAUUGCUAAUGAUGAGUAGUUUUUAUUGUAAAUAUAUGUAAGUGUUCGAUGUUCCCAUCUUCCUGUUAUCUUUGUUAUUAUCAAAUAAGGCACGGUUAUGCACACAUAUUUGAACAUAUGUCACUGCCUAGGUGCAAUGGUACAUGUUUCUGCUGCA